CGUUGCAACGUCUAUUUUUAUCAAUGCAGAAAUUUGGAGUUCGUGGAAAUCUAUUGAGAUCAUUUUUUCAACUAGUCACAAUAAGUCGUAUGAUGGGGGAAAUGUGUACGAAAUCCGCCGAUUAUUGGGCUAAUUCUCGAGUGAAUUUUUCGGAGAGUGAUUUAACCGAGCGGUUAUUUGACCAAUGUCGCCAAGUGGAAAAACCCAAUAUUACUUUGGAUUUGAAUGAUUUCAAAAAGUUAUCCGAGAAGUUUCCCGCCCCGUUUCCCAUCGAUAGCUGCCGGGUGAAGGCGCAACCGGCGGAUCGAAGCGAGCGAAUCCGGGAUCAGAUCGCAUCCGCCUAUCCGGUGAUUCACGAACGCACCCUCCUGCUCUACAUCUCUUUUCUGGAGCACAAGUUAAAGUACGGCAGCGACCAGGAGAAGAGUAUGUACCAGAACAUGACUGUGGUGGACUUCGUGCAGCGUCUUCUGGCGAAGAGAUGUGUGUGGUUCUUCGGCGGAGGGGACUACUAUCACACCAUGGAUGGAGCAAUCGGAUUCAAUGGCUUCGAGGACGUGGGCACUGCCGCGGAGAAGCACCCUCUGCAACUAACCUCCGUCCUCAGCUACGAUGAGAUCAAGUUGGCCGCCCUGCUCUACGUCUCCACCCACUCGGAGUUCAUCAACAGUGGACGCAGGGAGAAUGCCGGCGAGGUGACCCAGAAUAAGAACACAAUCGAACGCGAGGGCGUGAUAAUCGGUCUGAUUGGAGCCCGAUUCGAGCGUCCCUAUGUAAUGGAGUACCAGGAUAUUAUGAUUACCCAGACACAAAACACCCAAGCCAGGGGAUACGGCUCGACGAACACCUCCACUCCAUCUGGGGAUCUUCGUAGAAUUUGGCGAGAAUUCUACGGCGAGCCGAGGGAUUUUAUUUACGGGGAAGUACCCGAAAAAGACGAUCGGUUUGAAAAGGUUCAUGAUGGGUUUUUCGAUCACCAAAUGAUGCGCAAGCGAUAUGCCAUCAGUUUUGAUACCCUUCUUUUGGAGGCGGAGUCGAGGGCCGCCAAGAUUGGUAAGCCCGCCUACAUCCAUGUGGUGGGCAUCGGACUGGGUGUUUGGAGGGCAUCUAAGCGACAGACGCGGACCUUCUUCGAAUCCUUCGAGGAUCGAUUGCGGGCACUGGGCAAACGACUCGGUCACAUCGGCGUGGUGCACUUCUCCUGGUUCCAUUCGGCACGAGUGGGAGACCUCUACGAUGGAGCCCUCUUUUCCGUGGACGAACAUCCCCAAGGAGGCAUACGCAUCCGCAAUUCGAAUCGUAAUCCCGCCGACAAACUGGCAGAGGACAUGUUGCCCGUGGUUACCUAUGCCUGGGAUGGAAAUGCCCUUCCCGGCAACGAAUUUUGGUCGGGUAUGCUGGCCGGCUCUGGAGAUCCGGCAGCCGCCUGCUCCACUCUGAUUUCAGAGCUGCAGAAUCCCCACAUUAAUGUGGGGUACAUGAGUGGAUCCAAUCUGCACAUCGCCUCCGAGCACCAUGGAUUGCUCCACGUGGGUGAUUACGCCAAGCGUGUGGUACUUUAACUUUUGAUAUUUUUUGACAUUUUUACACUUUAUUAUACUCUAUUAAAAAUCGGCUUUUUACUGAUUCUCUUGUUAAAUGUAUAGCUUCGAUUACAAAUUAAAGACUUGUAAACCUUUUUUAAAUAUUUAUUAAUUGUUAUUAACCAAGUACUGCAUUUUGUGUGAACUAUUUAAUAAAAAAAUUACUCAUAUUUUGGGGAGCAUAAAUUUA